GAAAAGGUGAAGUUUCAGCUGCAUCUUUAUCGAUAUCGGGAUUUCUGUCAGGAGUUGUAUUAUGACAACUCGGUAUUGCAGUUACAGAAGAAUAUCUAAGUAGGCUAAGUAGAGUAAGACAGCAGACGAAAUAGAAGAACUAGAUCUUACCAAGGUAACAACACUGCAAAAUAUGACUACUCCUCGUGUCGCACUGCUCGAGCUAGGGAUCGCUGAGACUCGUAUAGGAUGGACUCAAGGUGGAAAGCCUACAGCGACGCGCGCUGGCGUGUUGUGUUAUAGAAAAGAACAAUACAAGAUUGAGAGAGAUGAAGGGGACGAUACAACUGGACAGGGACUACAACAUGGAGCUAGUUGUACUUCUUAUGUUCCUUCAGGCUACUUUCUCGAUGUAGAGGCCUUGCACAAGUUGCUGGAGACGUUUUUCUCUUUCAAGUUGCACGACCAGGUGGGAACAGGUACUACCAAUGCAAAUGAGAAAAGGAACGCUGGAGAACAAACGCAGACGCCUGGUGAACCUGUACCUGAUACAAUAGCAACAUCUUCUUCAUCUGCUCCAUCCGUAUCAGACAUCAAGAACAUAGCUCUUCUAGUCAUCGAGCCCGUAACCACAGCCGCAUGCUCAACACUACGACAAGAUCUGGCGAAGGAGCUCUUCCAGAAAUCCUUCGCGUUCGUGUCGUUCUGUAAGCGAGCACAAGUAGGUCUCUUUGCGCAUGCCUCUGCAGAUGGAAUUUUUGUAGACUGCGAAAAAGAAAAUGCUGGAG